CCAGUCCACCGCCUUACUCACAGCUUCUCUCUCUCUCUCUCUCUCAAGAAAAAAUGGUGGUUGUUCAGAGCAUCUGCACGCCUCAGACUCUCUCCUUUUCCCUUCCUCCCGCGCUCCGGCCACGUCUCCCUCUGCACUCUCUCUCGCCAUCUUCUCUCCGCUCCGAUCGCGGCCGGCGCCGCCCGGGACCGCUCCCUCGCAUGGCGGCCGCCGCCGCCGCCGGCUCCCGGGGACCGCCCGACCCUCGCGACCCCAGCGGCGGCGACGGGCCCGGAGAGACGCCGCCGCCGCCGCCCCUGUCGGCCACGAAGCCGCGGAAGACCAGGCGGAGGAGGGGCCGGCGGAGCGAGGCCGAGGCGGUCGAGGACUUCGUAAGGGGCUCGCUCGACCGGACGUUCGCGUCCAUCAGGGACCAGAAUCCCGAGGCGUUCGAUGGAGUCGCGGAGAGUGCGGUGAUGAAGGAGAAGGUCGAGGAUGAGGACGAGGAGGAGGAGGAGGAGGAGGAGGGGGAGGCGGCGGAGGUGGAGAAGGAGUUUGUGGUCGAGGAGGAGAGCUCGAGCUGGCCGCUGGAUGCGGACGUGGGCUGGGGAAUCAGGGCGUCGGAGUAUUUCGAGCAGCACCCGAUCAAGAAUGUGGUCGGAGAAGAUGGUUCGGAGAUCGACUGGGAAGGGGAGGUGGAGGACAGUUGGGUCCAGGAAAUCAACUGCUUGGAGUGGGAGAGCUUCGCUUUCCAUCCGAGCCCAUUGGUUGUUCUCGUCUUCGAAAGAUACAACAGGGCAUCUGAUAACUGGAAGGUCUUGAAAGAGUUAGAAAAUGCCAUCAAAGUUUACUGGGGGACGAAAGACCGAUUACCACCUCGAGCUGUUAAAGUAGAUAUGAACAUCGAAAGAGACUUGGCAUAUGCUCUUAAAGUUAAAGAGUGCCCACAAAUACUAUUUUUACGUGGAAACAAGAUUUUGUACAGGGAGAAAGAGUUUCGAACAGCUGAUGAAUUGGUUCAUAUGAUUGCACAUUUCUACUAUAAUGCAAACAGACCUUCAUGGGUUGAUGGUGCAGCCCUGAAUUCACCUUAUUAAGUGCAAGUCAGGACCUGACAUUUUUCUUCCAGUACAGAUAAGAAAGGAACAAACCUUAAUGUAGCAGACAAGGCGUUAUUUAUGUGGGCUUUCUUCUUUCUGAGUAUCUGACUAGCACUUGUUCAGAUUCAAAUAGAAAAUACAAGACAAUCAGACUGCUGAAGAUGGAUGACUGCUAUAUGUGCUGGAAGCAAUUUAUCAGAUGAGACACAAAUGCCUUGAUACAAGGAGGCCUAAAUCAGUGGGAACCAUCUUGACAUAGGAAGGAAGAAGCUGGCAAGUAACCAUUAUCCAUAACCUGGAAUAACUGAGAUUCAAAAUGGUUGCUUGGCUCGGAUUACAACAGGACUUGCUUCUGUGCGGGUUAGUGCAGUCUUUUACUGGAGUUCUGGAAGAAUUCUCUGAAAUGCUUUUGACUGCAGAUUAAUUUCCUAGUACAAGUUAAUAUAAGUUUUUUGGUCGUUCUUGAGAACUUUGUCUCAGUUUUUGAAGUAAAUUGCUCUGGCGUAACUUUUCUACAGUUUGUGGUGGCUUGUUUUUGCAGAAGAGCUGUGUUCUAAAAAUUGUUCAAAGAUCAUACUGAGGAAAUAGAUCAACCACAUGAGCUUUUUAAGCUGUGAAA